AUGUAUGCGUGGAAGGCGACGAUAGUCCGAUGUGCUACUCGGAGACGAACACUCUAUACUUCCAAUGUAUCACUCUCCGCCCAAGCGCAAUUACAGCGCUCCUCGGAGACGCGUCCAGCGCAUGCUCCUGUCCAGCAAGCGGUAGCCGCACUGAGACGCGAAGAGCCCCAACCCCUUCGUACUAAGAGGAACGAAGUCGGCGUUCAGCUCCUGUCGCGCCGCCUACACGAGCAAAUAUUCAAGAACGUGUCCUUCCCUCCGCCAGACGCGCGUUAUGUUCGAAUCGCGCAGGACCACCUGCAAAUGCACGGUCUGGACCGCACUCAGGGAUCUGUAUUGCCCGAUAUAGGCUUCACCCUUCCUGCUUUACAAGGCAAUAACUUGGACGAACACUUCCAUCGAAUCGGUGCACACGCCGCGGAACCCUGGUUGUCACUGUCUAAGCGCCUUGUUGACAUGGAGCUGCAACCUCAACCUGAGGAGUGGGACGUCCGGUCAGGCUGGACCAAGUACCACCACCAUGCCGACGGCUCUAGCUACUCUGAACCUGUCGACUAUCCUCCAGAGGAGAUGUUGGUCUUUGAUGUGGAGACUAUUCCGGGGUACAGCCCGUGGGCCGUUAUGGCUACAGCUGUCACCCCGAGUGGGUGGUAUGCCUGGGUCUCCCCAUGGCUCCUUGGCGAGAGCGAAGACAUGCAGCAGCUCAUUCCCCUCGGUCCUCCCGACGUCCCUCGCGUCAUUGUCGGCCACAACGUGUCGUAUGACCGGGCUCGCAUACUGGAGGAGUACAACGUUGGUGGAACCAUGAAUCGCUUCCUCGACACCAUGGCUUUUCACGUCGCCGUGAAGGGCAUCUCCUCAAAUCAACGUCCGGUGUGGGCGAAGCACCGGAAGCAGAAGCUCCAGGAGCGCGAGCGCAAAGAGGAGGCCUAUGAGGCUGUUGUCGGACUCCUUCGCGACAUCGAAGCAGCUGAUGGUGUGCAUAUCGACGAGACGCAGCAGGAGAGCGUGCGAGAGCUCAGGCGGAAAAUGGAGGAAAGUCUCAACAGUCUCCUUGAGGACGAGCAGGACCUGACAGACGGCGAUGGUGAACUCGACUUGGCGGGAAAACGUUGGGAGGACAUCACCUCGGGAAACUCGCUCGUUGACGUCGCCAAGCUACACUGCAAUAUCGACGUCGAUAAGGCCAUCCGCAACGACUUCAUGGUCUCUACCCGCGAGCAGAUCCGCGCGGGGAUUCAGAGCUACCUGACCUACUGCUCAGACGACGUCGCUGUUACACAUGCUGUAUAUGCCAAGGUGCUCCCACAGUUUCUCGCGGCGUGCCCGAGUCCUGUUUCCUUCGCCGGGAUACUCACGAUGGGCUCGAGCUUCUUGCCUGUCAACGAGACGUGGGAGAAGUACAUCGAGGAAUCUGAGCGAGCGUAUCAUGAGCUCGAACUCGCUGUGAAGACGCGUCUUGUCGAACUCGCACACGAGGCCAAGGAUCUUAUGGAGGGUGAGCGCUGGCGCGACGACGUGUGGCUUAGUCAACUUGACUGGACUCCGAAGGUUGCGAAGAAGUCGCGCGGUAUUCUCUCGGAGGACGACACCACACCAGCAUCCGUUGCCAGCAAAGACGACAACCAACCGCCGGCAGCGAUCCCAGUCAUUAAUGAAGGCUCGUCCCCAGUGUGGUACAAGAAGCUCGUUGCGUCAGAACCCUUCAACGCCACUACUGUCAACCGUGUCCUUCCCUUGCUGCUGCACCUCGCCUACGAUGGCAAACCGUUGACAUAUUCAACCAAGCACGGUUGGCACGCAGUGGGUGACCUGCGCGAACCCCAACGGCUACCUACGGCCAGCACUUCCAAGGCGAUCUCGAUUCUCAGCGCGACACAUGGUGUACCACUCCUUCAAUCUGGGUCGCUUUCUUCCUCAGAUCCAGAUCUCGCGCUGGCCAUUUCCAGCGGCGACAGGACGGAGGGACUUUGGGAGCGAGUCAUGUCUAUCGCGCAUCGAACCGCCCAACUUAGUCAGAACGCGUGGGCCGAUGAUCCUUGGUUAAGCCAGUUGGACUGGAAAGCUACGCGAUCGAACGCCGCACCAGUCGUCAAGGCGAAGAAAGCGAAAGUAUCUGGUCCGAAAUCCCCACCCGUUCUCUGGCCAAAAUGGUACUGGGAGCUUGCCAAACCGAGGAAAGACUGUCCACCUGGUACAGUCGAUCUGACGCCGCGCAGUCGCAUCUCCCCGCUGCUCCUACGCAUGUCAUGGAAAGGCUUCCCUAUGUUCCACUCCCGUCAGCACGGUUGGAUCUUUCGGGUACCUCGAGGUGCCGAGUACGAGACGCGGGCCGAUCCCCUCGAGUUCUACGACCCAACGGACGCGACCUUGCAACGCGCAAGCCUUCACGAUGGCGCGCGCUUCUACAAGAUACCGCAUAAGGACGGCGAUACUGCGAACGUGGGCAGUCCGCUCAGCAAGACAUUCGUCAAGUACGCACAGGACGGUACCAUGACAAGUCCGGGCGACGAGGCUCAGAAGGCUCUGGAGAUGAACGCACAGUGCAGUUACUGGAUAAGCGCCCGCGACCGCGUCAUGAGUCAGGCCGUCGUAUGGCAGAACCAGCAAACGCAGCUCGGUCUGCCGGAUCCGUCGCCGCCCGCUGUCGAAGGUGAACGUGCAAAGAAGUGGGGUGUCAUUGUUCCGCAUAUGAUCACCAUGGGCACCGUCACACGUCGUGCGAUCGAGAGGACAUGGUUGACGGCGAGUAACGCGAAGAAGAACCGCGUUGGCUCUGAGCUGAAGGCCAUGGUACGCGCGCCGGAGGGAUUCGCCAUCGUCGGUGCAGACGUCGACAGCGAGGAGCUCUGGAUCUCAAGUGUCAUGGGCGAUGCGCAGUUCGGACUACACGGAGCCACGGCUAUAGGCUGGAUGACGCUCGAGGGUACGAAGUCCCAGGGCACGGACUUGCACUCAAAGACCGCGAGCAUCCUCGGCAUUUCGCGUGAUCAGGCGAAGGUGUUCAACUACUCCCGUAUCUACGGCGCAGGCAUGCGUCAUGCUGUGCUACUCCUACUUCAAGGCAAUUCGGGCAUGGCACCUGAGGAAGCUCAACGUCUGGCGGACUCCCUGUAUGCGAGCACGAAGGGCAAGAACACGCAUCGUACCGACAUCUUCGGGCGUAAGUUCUGGUUUGGCGGAUCUGAGAGUUUCGUGUUCAACAAGCUCGAGGAGAUCGCGCUCAGCAAUCGGCCGAAGACGCCUGCUCUCGGUUGCGGCGUCACGUAUGCGUUGUCGAAGGAGUACUUGCCAGAGGAGUUCGGAUCGGACUAUAUGCCGAGUCGCAUCAAUUGGGUCGUGCAGAGCUCUGGAGUCGACUACCUCCACCUACUCAUCGUCUCCAUGAGCUACCUCGUCAAGCGCUACGACAUCAAAGCGCGAUUCCUCAUCUCCGUUCACGACGAGCUUCGCUAUCUCGUGCGCGAAGAGGACGCCGGUCGCGCAGCGCUAGCGCUCCAGAUUGCGAACCUCUGGACGCGUAGCUUGUUCGCGUACAAGCUGGGAAUGGAUGAUCUGCCUCAGGGUGUGGCAUUCUUCUCCGCUGUGGACGUUGAUCAUGUUCUGCGCAAGGAGACGGACAUGCCAUGUACGACGCCGAGUCAGCCUAUACCCAUCCCUCCUGGCAAGAGCUACGACAUUGCGAAGAUCCUCGAGCUCACUGGUGGUACUCUCCACGCGGAUGGGCGCCCGAUGGAGGAGAGUGGCGUGGUUGAGCUGCCGCCAGUCGAGGGCUACGUACAGCCGGACUGCCUGCAGCAUCGGGCGGACAAUGCUGCAUUCUUACAGGCACAGGCGACGGCCGACUUCUCCGAGAUCAAGUUCCUCGCGCAGCAAGUAACUGGACAGGCCUAUGAAGGCGGCAUUGGUGGGCAGAAGAAGGGAAAGAAAGGGCGUGGUCAGUCAGCCAAAUCCUCUCCGAGUCACGGUGGUGCGAAGGGCCAUCUACGCGAUGACUGGGCGAAUGUUGUGGAUGAGAUCUUGAAGGGCGAACGUCCUGCGCGGUUGCCGGACAUGAUAUCAAAAGGGUAA